AUGAAGCUCAACAAACAAAAAUCCUCACAAGCAGAAAGGGAAUUUGGAGGGACUUUGGGUGAGUAAAAUAGUGUGUGUUUUAUUAAAAAUAAUACUAAUUUUGAAUGUUAAUUUUAAAAAGGGAUAUUGUGCAAUCCCAUCUCGCCCCCACUCAGUCAGUCUCCUCAACUCACCUCACUUAUUUGGUCUCUCUUCCUCUUCUCCCCUGAAGGUGCCACCUGCAUCCCUGUCUUCCUGCCCCUGACGGUGCUUUACCUGCUGUGUGUAUGUCGCUCCCCUGCGGCCAGCGUGCUCCAGUGGCCCCCUGUCCUGCCCCCCACAGCCCAGCUAUGGGACCCGUUGGCCCCUGUUCUCAUACUGGGCUGGAUGGCCCUCCAGAGCUUCCUUUACCUGCUGCCUAUGGGGAAGGUGAGACCAGCUGUUAAUUAUGAAUACCUUUGAGUUCUUGUCGAUUGACUGUGUUGUCAUGUGAGGUUUGGCUGAUAUACAGUGGGGAAAAAAGUAUUUAGUCAGCCACCAAUUGUGCAAGUUCUCCCACUUAAAAAGAUGAGAGAGGCCUGUAAUUUUCAUAAUAGGUACACGUCAACUAUGACAGACAAAAUGAGGGAAAAAAAUCCAGAAAAUCACAUUGUAGGAUUUUAAAUACAUUUAUUUGCAAAUUAUGGUGGAAAAUAAGUAUUUGGUCAAUAACAAAAGUUGCUCAAUACUUUGUUAUAUACCCUUUGUUGGCAAUGACACAGGUCAAACGUUUUCUGUAAGUCUUCACAAGGUUUUCACACACUGUUGCUAGUAUUUUGGCCCAUUCCUCCAUGCAGAUCUCCUCUAGAGCAGUGAUGUUUUGGGGCUGUCGCUGGGCAACACGGACUUUCAACUCCCUCCAAAGAUUUUCUAUGGGGUUGAGAUCUGGAGACUGGCUAGGCCACUCCAGGACCUUGAAAUGCUUCUUACGAAGCCACUCCUUUGUUGCCCAGGCGGUGUGUUUGGGAUCAUUGUCAUGCUGAAAGACCCAGCCAAAAUCUCACGAUACAUGGCCCCAUUCAUUCUUUCCUUUACACGGAUCAGUCGUCCUGGUCCCUUUGCAGAAAAACAGCCCCAAAGCAUGAUGUUUCCACCCCCAUGCUUCACAUUAGGUAUGGUUUGGAUGCAAAUCAGCAUUCUUUGUCCUCCAAACAUGACGAGUUGAGUUUUUACCAAAAAGUUAUAUUUUGGUUUCAUCUGACCAUAUGACAUUCUCCCAAUCCUCUUCUGGAUCAUCCAAAUGCACUCUAGCAAACUUCAGACGGGCCUGGACAUGUACUGGCUUAAGCAGGGGGACACGUCUCGCACUGCAGGAUUUGAGUCCCUGGCGGCGUAGUGUGUUACUGAUGGUAGGCUUUGUUACUUUGGUCCCAGCUCUCUGCAGGUCAUUCACCGUGUGGUUCUGGGAUUUUUGCUCACCGUUCUUGUGAUCAUUUUGACCCCACGGGGUGAGAUCUUGCGUGGAGCCCCAGAUCGAGGGAGAUUAUCAGUGGUCUUGUAUGUCUUCCAUUUCCUAAUAAUUGCUCCCACAGUUGAUUUCUUCAAACCAAGCUGCUUACCUAUUGCAGAUUCAGUCUUCCCAGCCUGGUGCAGGUCUACAAUUUUGUUUUUGGAGUCCUUUGACAGCUCUUUGGUCUUGGCCAUAGUGGAGUUUGGAGUGUGACUGUUUGAGGUUGUGGACAGGUGUCUUUUAUACUGAUAACAAGUUCAAACAGGUGCCAUUAAUACAGGUAACGAGUGGAGGACAGAGGAGCCUCUUAAAGAAGAAGUUACAGGUCUGUGAGAGCCAGAAAUCUUGCUUGUUUGUAGGUGACCAAAUACUUAUUUUCCACCAUAAUUUGCAAAUAAAUUCAUAAAAAAUCCUACAAUGUGAUUUUCUGGAUUUUUUUUCCUCAAUUUGUCUGUCAUAGUUGACGUGUACCUAUGAUGAAAAUUACAGGCCUCUCUCAUCUUUUUAAGUGGGAGAACUUGCACAAUUGGUGGCUGACUAAAUACUUUUUUUCCCCACUGUACAUGUCUCUGUCUUACCUGCAGCUGUCUGAGGGGAUGGUGCUGAAAGAUGGAUCGAGACUCAAGUACCCCAUAAACGGUAUUGUAGGGUUGGCGGGUGCAAUAGAGCUCGCCAGCUUGUAGUCCUAAAUGAGUUACCUCUGGUUCGUUCAGCCAUUCCUAUGGGGAAAAUUAAUGGAGAAAGAAUAGGUUUUUGUGAUAAAUGCUGAAAAUAAGGUCUGAGGUUAACACAGGCUUGGGAGAUCUCAUACGUUUUGUUCUAUGAGAUAAUAUCAGUCAGUAGGCCUCCUGUAGCUCAGUUGGUAGAGCAUGGCGCUUGCAACGCCAGUGUUGUGGGUUCGAUUCCCACGGAGGGCCAGUAUGAAAAAAAAAAAGUAUGAAAAAUUUAUGCACUCACUAACUGUAAAUCGCUCUGGAUAAGAGCAUCUGCUAAAUGACUAAAAUGUAAGUAGACAUGACCUUUAUGAAUUAUGAACGCUUUAUGUGUUUUUUAUUAUUACAUAAAUGCUUCAAAAUGGCGAACAUGCAUAAAGAUGGCGGAAUUCAGAUAUGACGUCAUUGUGUUAGCACUAUCCACUAAGUUUAAACUACGGAGUGCGAUAUGGUUCAAUGUGCCAACAAAUCAGCACAAUCUACUUUUUUUGAUUUUUCAAAUUGUUGCCGUCUUGGAGCUAAAAUUGGGAUAAUGUAUACUCUGCUAAUGACCAUACAAAAAAUUAGUAACGGAGAGCGAUGUACAAUACGGCGAACGUAGCAAAACAAGGAAUUUGUGGUAAGUGCACAAAGUCUUGUAUAACUGACCUUGUGGGGACACAAUUCAGUCCCAUUCAAAAUCUUAUUUUCCCUAACCCCUAACCCUUACCCUAUCCCUAACCUUAACCCUAACAUUAACCUGAAAACCUAACCUUAACCCUAAACCUAACCCUAGCUCCUAACCCUAAAACUCACCCUAGCUCCAAACCCUAACCUUAAACCUAAUUCUAACCCUAACACAAAUUCUAACCUUAACGCUAAACCCCCUGGAAAUAGCAUUUGACAUUGUGGGGACUAACAAAAUGUGCCCUGUUGGUCAAAUGUUUGUUUGUUUACUAUUCUUGUGGGGACUUCUGGUCCCCACAAGUAUAGUUAAACACGUCCAUGGGGGCCACCAUCUUUAUGCACCUCCGCUAUUCACAAAAAGUGACGUUAGCUGAUGAAGAUUAUCUCAUAGGAAAAAAACGUAUAAGAUCUCCUAAACCUGUGUUUACCACAGACCUUAUUUUCGUCAUUUAUUGAAAAACCCUACAAAAACUUUAUUCAUUUUCCCAUAGGCUUUGCCUAAUGAACCAUGGCGGAGUUAGUGCCUACAAAAUGACGCCCUUACUAUUGCUCUCUAUAGUAAUGCUUUUUAAGCAGUGGGUUCCAAUGUCAAUCCUCAGUUACCCCUGUGUGUGUGUGUGUGUAUAGUUUCAAUUUCAGGCAGAGUUAACUGGUUAUGUUUUCCUUUUAUCUACUGCCUGUGUCCCCUCCUUGAGCUCUGCAUGCCAUUUAUCUUGUUGUAAGCAACUCAGGCCAAACUCUACCUCUUUUUUGAAUGAUUCUCUCUCCCAACUAAUUCUAUUUUUUUGUAUCUCUUUCUCUCUCUGCUCCCCCACCCUUUCUAGUUCUGUUUCUAUCUUUCUAUCUUCCUCUACAGGUUUUCAUGCCCUGUGCGUCACAGCUGUGCUGUUGACAUUGUCACUAUGGCUGGGGAUGCCUCUGGGAUAUCUCUUUGAGCUGUUGUUGCCCCUGGCAGUGUGUGCUAUUGGGGUGUCAUUCCUCCUCUCCCUCUACCUCUACAUACGCUCCUUCUGGGCCCCUCACCAUGCCCUCGCCCAGGGGGGAAACACAGGUAAGGGUGGAGGAUUAGGGAAAUAAUACAUAGAAAAUAUAUAGUUAACAAAAUUAUACAAAAACAUGCAUUAGAGAUUUUCCUGUAUAGGCUCAAGCCUGCUAUAUCUCACACAGGAAACCCUCUGUAUGAUUUCUUUAUGGGACGAGAGCUGAACCCACGGAUUGGAAGCUUCGAUCUGAAAUAUUUUUGUGAGUUGAGACCAGGUCUGAUUGGCUGGGUGAGUGGAAAUGAAGCAAGGAGGACUAGAUUUUAUCAAGUUAAAUAUAAUUGUGUUGAUAUAUUAAAAAAAUCUGAUCUAACAUACUCUCUUCCAAUUAGGUGGUGAUUAACCUUGGGAUGCUGAUGAAAGAGGUGGAGCUACGGGACUCCGCCUCCCUGGCCAUGAUACUGGUCAACAGCUUCCAGCUGCUCUACGUGGCGGAUGCGCUGUGGAAUGAGGUGAGAGGAGGACGGUCCACAGGAACAGUCCACAGAAAAUAACAGGGGUAUAACAGUGAAAUAACAGUGGUAGCAAAGUGAUCUCCAAUGAGGAUGCCAAUUUAAUUUAUUGUGGUGGUACACUACGGAUGUAUCAUUGAGCCCUGAAUGAAUUCAUUACAUUUCUGCAGUGCUGUAUAGUGUUUCAUUUGACAGUAGAAUAUGUGAUGUUGCAGGAGGCUGUGCUGACCACCAUGGACAUAGUGCAUGAUGGCUUUGGGUUUAUGUUAGUCUUUGGGGACCUGGCCUGGGUUCCUUUCACAUACGGCCUGCAGGCUGCCUUCCUGGUGGUGCACCCACAGUCCCUCAGUCCUCUGGGAGCCACAGCUAUAGUCACAUUGAAUGGUAAAUCAAGUUUCAAGGUGGGGGGGGCAGUGUGUAUUCUUCUUAUUUUAAUCAUUUGAAUAUUUUGUAUAUUGUAUGUACCCUUAUUAGUGGAUUGUAUUUUUUUUUUUUUCUGUUUUCUCUUCCUGUUUCCCUGUCAUUAGGUGUUGGGUAUUAUAUCUUCAGAAAAUCCAACUCCCAGAAGAACCAGUUCAGACGGGACCCUACGCAUCCCAGUGUUGCAAGUCAGUAGUCAACUUCUUGAUUAGACUUCUGGUGUCUCCUGGCAUGGCAACAUCCACACAUUUUUUGUUAAUAAACUUUUCUUAAAUCAGUUUAACAGUUUUGAGAGGAUAGAUAGAAUUGAGUCUUGUCUCUGGCGACAGCUUUAUCGCUGUCUGUUUCAAAUAGUAUUUUCCAUAAUGGAUCAAAGUGUAUACAGUGGCUUGCGAAAGUAUUCACCCCCCUUGGCAUUUUUCCUAUUUUGUUGCCUUACAACCUGGAAUUAAAAUGGAUUUUUGGGGGGUUUGUAUCAUUUGAUUUACACAACAUGCCUACCACUUUGAAGACAAAAAAACAGAAAACUUGAGCGUGCAUAACUAUUCACCCCCCCAAAGUCAAUACUUUGUAGAGCCACCUUUUGCAGAAAUUACAGCUGCAAGUCUCUUGGGGUAUGUCUCUAUAAGCUUGGCACAUCUAGCCACCAGGAUUUUUGCCCAUUCUUCAAGGCAAAACUGCUCCAGCUCCUUCAAGUUGGAUGGGUUCCGCUGGUGUACAGCAAUCUUUAAGUCAUACCACAGAUUCUCAAUUGGAUUGAGGUCUGGGCUUUGACUAGGCCAUUCCAAGACAUUUAAAUGUUUCCCCUUAAACCACUCGAGUGUUGCUUCAGCAGUAUGCUUAGGGUCGUUGUCCUGCUGGAAGGUGAACCUCCGUCCCACUCUCAAAUCUGGAAGACUGAAACAGGUUUCCCUCAAGAAUUUCCCUGUAUUUAGUGCCAUCCAUCAUUCCUUCAAUUCUGACCAGUUUCCCAGUCCCUGCCGAUGAAAAACAUCCCCACAGCAUGAUGCUGCCACCACCAUGCUUCACUGUGUGGAUGGUGUUCUCGGGGUGAUGAGAGGUGUUGGGUUUGCGCCAGACAUAGCGUUUUCCUUGAUGGCCAAAAAGCUCAAUUUUAGUCUCAUCUGACCAGAGUACCUUCUUCCAUAUGUUUGGGGAGUCUCCCACAUGCCUUUUGGCGAACACCAAACGUGUUUGCUAUUUUUUUCUUUAAGCAAUAGCUUUUUACUUGGGUUAUAAAAAAAUAUCAGAAACUUUGAACAUCCCACGGAGCACCAUUAAAUCCAUUAUUAAAAAAUUGAAAUAAUAUGGCACCACAACAAACCUGCCAAGAGAGGGCCGCCCACCAAAAGUCAUGGACCAGGCAAGGAGGGCAUUAAUCAGAGAGGCAACAAAGAGACCAAAGAUAACCCUGAAGGAGCUGCAAAGCUCCACAGAGGAGAUUGGAGUAUCUGUCUAUAGGACCACUUUAAGUCGUACACUCCACAGAGCUGGGCUUUACGGAAGAGUGGCCUGAUCUGUACUUCUCCACAACUUUGUCCCUGACCUGUUUGGAGAGCUCCUUGGUCUUCAUGGUGCCGUUUGCUUGGUGGUGCCCCUUGCUUGGUGGUGCCCCUUGCUUAGUGGUGUUGCAGACUCUGGGACCUUUCAGAACAGGUGUAUAUAUACUGAAAUCAUGUGACAGAUCAUAUGACACUUUACAGGUGGACUUUAUUUAACUAAUUAUGUGACUUCUGAAGGUAAUUGGUUGCACCAGAUCUUAUUUAGGGGCUUCAUAGCAAAGGGGGUGAAUACAUAUGCACGCACCACUUUUCCAUUAUUUUCCAUAAUUUCACUUUUCCAUAAUUUCACUUCACUAAUUUGGACUAUUUUGUUGUGUAUGUCCAUUACAUGAAAUCCAAAUAAAAAUCAUUUAAAAUUACAGGUAGUAAUGCAACAAAAUAGGAAAAACGCCAAGGGGGAUGAAUACUUUUGCAAGGUACUGUAUAUGAAAACAUUGGAUGGUAGGAAGCACCACAGAGUAGAAUCUGGGCCCAACAGAAAGAGCAGAUGGAGUAUGAAUAAUUUGUAAUCUGAGCUCUCUCAAAUGACUGCCAAAACUGAAAAAAAUACUAUCUUCCCCCGUGCCUUACUGUAGACCUGGAGACUAUUGCCACAGCAACAGGGAAGCGCCUUUUGGUGUCAGGCUGGUGGGGCCUCGUCCGCCAUCCUAACUACCUAGGAGACCUUCUCAUGGCCCUGGCAUGGUCCCUGCCAUGUGGUAAGUAGAGAGAAAAUACAUAAGAUCCUCUCUGUAGCCACCCUGCACGUGUGUCCAUAACCAGUGGCUGUUUCCGGAAUAGAUAACAGAAUUGAAUGUCAGUGAUACACUAUCCCUCCUGCUACUAACAGUAUUCUGAUCCCCAUGUACUGUUUGUCUUUCCCCAGGAUUCAACCAUCUUCUACCUUACUUCUAUGUUGUGUACUUCACUGUCCUGCUGAUUCACAGAGAGGCCCGUGACGAAAGGCACUGCAGGGCCAAGUAUGGCCUGGCCUGGGAUGCCUACUGCAGCCGUGUGCCCUACAGGAUCUUCCCCUAUGUCUACUGAGCUGAGCUGGACCGGAGUGGUCAGGGCAGAGCCGGGCCCCGGGGGCAUGCGAUAUGAUAGCCAGUUUUGUUGUAUAAAGUGCACGUUCUGAACCUCAACAGACUGGACUGAACAAAUACUACUGAAAUGCUGUCAAUUCUCCGUCAUAAAGAAUAUGUACUUUAUAAAAGUGAACACUGUGGAGAAAAUGACACUCCUAACUGGAUGAACAGACCAGACAAGCUGACACCUCAGCCCAGCAGCUUUGAGUUGUUCACAUUAGUGAUGUCUGUCCAGUGAGUCUCUAACACGAUCAAUCUUGACCAUCACCUUUUGUACUGAUCU